AUGAUGCAAAGUCUCAAGGUCAAGAAUCGCCAAUCUACGCCUCCUAGUCGUCAGCCCGCUUCCAAAUUUAUGGAAAUGAGCGUAACAAUUCCUCUUCUCUCGUCCAACAAGACCCUCUCAAAAUCAGACUCAUUUGGCUUGCUGGAACGCAUACAGCUGCUCUUCAGGCGCAUCUAUGUGUUUCGAAUUGGACUUGGUCUCUUUCUUGGCGUAAAGCUCACUCAGAAGAGGAUCAAAUGGUUUCAUAAGAAGAGCACGGAGGAAGAGAAAGAUAAGAUUUGGGACGAAACGCACGAAAGCCUGUCAGUCUUGGUAACAAAAGCCAUUGUAUCAAUGGAGGGCCUUUGGAUCAAGGCUGGGCAAUACUUAUCUACGCGUGGCGACGUCCUACCCGCCAAUUAUGUCGACAAAUUCAAAGCAUUCCAAGACUCGGUGCCACGUAAACCUACAGCUCAUGUAAUUCGAACAAUCUGCUCAGAACUACAGAUAACAGACCUCAAGGAAGUGUUUGAAUCCUUUGACGAGACUCCUCUAGCUACAGCCUCGAUUGCUCAAGUACAUCGCGCUGUGCUUAGGCCCGAAUAUGGUGGAGGUGAAGUUGUUGUAAAGGUGCAACAUCGAAACGUUGGUCAACGCGUGUUGCAAGACUUGGCAGAUCUCAAACUGCUGAUGGCAAUUGUAGCAUACUUUGAACCUGAUUACGAUUUUACUCCUAUCGUCUCUGAAUGGUCUAGCGAGGUCCCGAAGGAGCUGGACUUUCAGACUGAAGCCAAGAACACUAUAGAAGUCCGAGACGCAAUCUCGGAACACAACAAAAAGGGAAAUCAUACCAGCAAUGAUGACCCGUUGUACAUAAACGUAUCCUUCCCUGAUCCUGUACUCAAACUCACCACUAAGAAGAUCAUGGUCAUGAAUUAUAUCAAUGGUUUUAAAAUGCUUCAGGCCAAGGAGAUGAAAGCCGCUGGUGCUGAUGUAGACGACAUUGUCAAGCAUAUUGUUCGUGCUUACGCCUUUCAGCUCUAUACAAUAUCUUUUUGGAAUGCUGAUCCACAUCCCGGUAAUUUCUUGGUUUCAAAAGAUGGCACAGAUUCGUAUCGUGCUGCUCUUUUAGAUUUUGGUUUAUGCAAGCGAGCCACUCGCGAUGAAGCUAUUGCCCUCUGUCGCUGCCUACUGUCGGCCAGGAAUCUGGAUUUUGCUGGUCUCCUAGCCAGUUUCAAGCAACUUGGAUUUGAGUCUCCUGUGGACGACCCUGAUAAAGCGAUGGAGCUGAUUCAGUUCGUGUUUCGACGAACGACGUCGAUUGAAGAAACGAAAGCCGCUGCAAAGGAAAGGAGUGAAAAGAGGCAGAAAGAUUAUGCUGAAGACCGUGAACGUAUCAAGAAGGAGAAGGAAGAGGCGAAAAAGGCCGGGUUGAAGAAGCCCAAAGAAUCUUUCCCAGGAGUGUUAAUUUUUUUUGGCCGUGUGAUAUCCUUGCUCCGUGGUCUGUGUCUCGAGCUUGAGACACGACAAUCGCAUUUGGAGAUUAUGGCUCCAUUUGCUGAACUUUUGCUGACGACUUUGGCUGGAGAAACUGGCAAAUAUGGAAAAUUAUUAGAUAUGCCUGCUCCAUUGUCGAAACUGGAUGCACGCUUACGAGUACUAGUCAAGGACUUGAUUGAUCAAAAGCAAAUCCUCGGUGUUCAAGUUCAUGUUAUCCAGAAGGGCAAAAUUGUCGCAAAUUUGUCCGCUGGUGUUCAAGGAGUUUAUGACCCGCAGCCUGUACUCGAAAAUACCGUGUUUCCAGUAUUUUCGUGUUCUAAGGGGAUAACCGCCUCUGCUGCCAAUCUAUUGAUUUCACGAGGCUACAUGAAACCUUCUGACUUAGUUAUAAAGCACUGGCCUACGUUUGCAUCACGUAUUGAAAAUGAAGCCAAACGAGCCGCCAAAGAACGUACGACAAUAGCCCAUCUCCUAUCACAUCGAGCUGGAUUAGAGGAUGCUGGCAAUGCAAUCCAGGAAUCAGAUCCCUUCAAAAUGACGUCCUGGGAAACCAUGCUAGAAUCGAUGGAGCUAUCAGAGCCUGCUGAUGGUCAACCAGGCGGCAAAUCCUCAUAUCAUUUCCUAUCCUUUGGGUGGCUAGUCGGUGGUGUAUGUGAAAAGGUAUUAGAAGCUCUACCUGAAUCUACCAAACUACCCAAAACAUUCAAAGACUUGGUCCGACACGAAGUCCUUGACAAUGUCGGUGUUGGUGAAUAUGGAUAUCUAGGUAUUCCAAGUGGUAUAGAAAACAGAUUAGGAGCCAAUCAAUGGGAUCUUAACGAGCUGAAACAAAUGAUGAUUGCUCGGGGUAUGAGCCCGGCCAUGUUAGAUGGUAUUGAUGCCAUGUUGAGUGGAACGUCUACUGAGAUAUCUAUGAAUAUGCCAAAUGGAUCUGCUGAUACUAUGGCUGCUACUGGUAACGGUGUUGUUCCUGUAACUCGCACUAGUACCGAAUUGAAUGGUCAUCCUCUGCAAGCCUCCCCACCUGCACAAAGUAAUGGUGUAGCUAAUGGUAGUACGAAUGGAGCUAUACAUCCUAAACCUGGUUCUGGUAUACAUGAUGUAAAGACUACUGCAUCGCCGAAUUUGUUUGAUAAUGCUGAUCCAGAUACCGUCCAGCAACAACAAACAGCCAACCUGUCUCAAAGAUUGCGUAGUCGUAAUAUUAAGGUCAACCCUGUAGCAGCAAACCCAACCUUCUUCAACCAUUUGAGGAUCCGUCGAUCAGUCAUCCCAGCCGCAAGUGGUAACUUUUCUGCCGCGGGUCUAAGCACACUGUACCAGCACUUUAUAGAUUGUCAGAACCCAUCGUAUACAGGUACCCGUCUCUACACCUCCGAAGAUGUGACCACCAUGUAUGCCGGUGACGCCGCAUCAGGAAUCCCAUCCACAAACGAUUUCGGAUAUGGAUUCAAGAAGUAUCCACUUCAUAUGAAAAAUGGUGAACUAUCAACUGGAUUUGGUCAUGGUGGUUUAGGAGGCUCCUUAGCUUUUGUUGAUCUCACUCAACAAGUAUCCAUUGCUGUCGUGGUGUCGAAGCUCAGUAUCAUCAAUCCUGUUGCUACACGAGCUAUAGUAUCUUGUAUAUGUGAAGAGCUGGAGCUUGGUGUGUUGGCUGAGUAUGAGGGUAAAUCAAGUGUGAGGUUUGAUCCUGACUUCGCUUGA